AUGUCCGACGAUGAGGCUAUAUCCCUAUCAGAAGGAGAGUCUGGCGACGAGCCGUACGUUGAUCGCCGCGCCAUCCUCGAGCCCCCCAUCCGCAGCGUGGUCGAGGCCGUCGGCGGCAUAGAGGGCGGCGUAUAUCGUCUCGGAGAUGAGUGCUAUGGCUGUCUGAAAGACCUCAAGAAAUACUGGCGCAAGGACGACACCGACGACGACCGCACCGUAGCCCGCAUCUUCUGGUCGACCGGUCUGCUCUCGAAUGACCUCAUUCCGAUACUGCUCGAGACCGCCGGCAAAGGUUUGGUCGAGGAUAAACGCGCGGUCGCAUGUGCGGAUCUAAUGACCGCCAUGACCUGGCCGAUCGACCUUGCGGAGGAGCUGAAGGAGCUGGACGACGUGAACGACCGCGGUACGGACUACACCCAGCUCAUGCUCGCUCAUCUAAAUUACAAGGCGGCGCUGCUCCGACCGGGUGUUCUCCAAGCCCUCCUUGCGAUCACCUUGCCCUGUCUCGCGCGAGACAUGAAGGAGCGGACGGAGCGCGACGUGCAAGUCGUUAACGUCGUAUUGCACCUCAUCCGCAACCUCGCAUUCAUCAAAGACCCACCCCCGAACAUGUAUGGCAGCGCGGACCAGGCCGAGUUUUCUACUUUGCAAAGCAAGCUCGUCAAGUGCCUGUCUGAGUCGCACUUUAUCGACCUCCUGCUCACGAUUGCCUCCAACGCCGGAGAGGCGAUGUUCAACCAGUGGAAUACCGUGAUCCUUGAGAUAUUCUAUCUCCUCUUCCGCGGGGUCAAACCCUCUUCUGUAGCAAGCGACCAGACCAAGCAAUCCACCAAAGCCUUGCAAAGCCUCCUCGCCGUAGAAGAGCAGCGGAAGCGAGAGCUCCUGCGGAAAGCGACCUCGCGACACUCGCGCUUCGGAACGACGAUCUCCGUCACGCUGAAUCCCAAGAAGGCGAAGGCGGCGCAGGAGGACGCGGAGCCUGCCCCGGUCGCGGGCCCAUCGCGCGCGUACGUGUUCCAUAAGCAGCAAGCGCUGAACAAGGAUUCCGGGAGCGCGCUCGACAUGAUCGCGGCGAAGAAGCAUCGCGCGGCCCGCGGCAAGAAAGUCGACGAGCUGGGUCGGGACGACAACCUCUCGCUCAACGCGCGGGUCGUCUUGCAGGACCUCGCGCGUGCGUUUAUUGAGAGCUGCUUCAAUCCGUUGCUUGCGUCUCUACUGAAAGAUAUCAAAUCGGAGCGGCCGAAAAUCACAGAGAAGGACCAUAUGCGGCUGCUCUUCGUCGCGAAGUGGUUCAUGGAAUAUUUCCUGUGCGAGCGCUCACGGCAGUCAGAGGAGACACGAUGGAAAUUCGGACUGGUGGCCACCGUCAUCGAUCGGGGCUGGAUUGUAUGGGUUCUCCGCCGGAUGCGCGAGGCGCAGGAAGAGAAGCCGAAACUCUGGACGGAGCUUCAGGCGGGAAUCGAGUGCCUCACGCAAUUCGUGCUCGUUCUGGAUAUCAUGGCGUCCGCACCGUCCACGCAACCAACUGCCGACGGCUCAGUCGGCCCAGAUCCAUUCGCGUCUGCAGAGACGAGCGCGGAGGAGGAUGUCGCAGACGCGGCGCGCACGCUGCAGCAGCAGAUCGUGUACAAUGGCGAAGUGCUCGACAUCGCGUUCGAGAGCGUGCGCACGUACAAGGAGGGCACGCAGAGCCUCGCGUACCUCGAUGCGAGCGUGCACCUCGCGUACGCGUUGUUGCGCAUGCUCGAGCGCUGGGGCAAGCGCCAGGGGAAGGGCGAGAUGUACGUGCGGAAAAAGGCGAAGCCGAAGAAGAAGCGUGGAGCGAAGUCGACGGAAGAAGGCGAGGGUGUGCCUGAUGUCGAGGAGGAGCCGCAGCACCAGGAAGAGGAGGAAGUCGUGAACGAGACGAUGUUCACCUUCGAUCAGUUCGAGCAGCGAUUCGUGCAUACGGAUGUGACACGCACGUUGCUCGUCUAUCUCGCGCGGUACAAGGAGUUCAGCGGGCCGGAGCAGAUGAAGCGCAUCGUGAGCCUCAUGCACCGACAAGCCGUACGGCACAAAGCGGAGGGCUUGUACUUCAUGGUAUCCACGAUGCACCUAUUCAAGCAGAUCAUGGCCGACGAGAAGUCGCUCCCGAAGGACCAGCCGUACAAGGACCUCGUCGCGCUCAUCACCUUCAUCCUGCGCAAGUUCUUCAAGGCCAUCGCGGAAGACUCAUUUGUGAUCGUCGAAGCGUUCUUCCCGAAGAACCGCGGCCACUGGAAGCAGUUCUCGAGCAUCGAGCUCGACCAAGUUGGCCCGCGACCAGAGGGCCCGCGGUUCGACGACCGCUUCCCGGUGGAUGUCACGGUGAAGAAGGGCUACUCGCUCAGCGACCAGAUCGGCAUCACCAUAGCCGCGCUCGUCGAGAAGGAUCAGCGGAAUCUCGUCGAGUGGACAAAGCAGAUCUUGUCGCUGGCGAUUGCGCACCGGAGGAGGAUCAUCGACGAUGUGGACGGCGCACCGUCGCAGGCGAUUGACUUGACUGCCGCUUCGGACAGUGAAGAUGACCUGAACCCCGACGCUUUGCUUGGACGUCGACCGCCGUCUGCGGAGGCGCUGGCCAAGAUCAACGACUAUCUGAUACCCUAUGUCAGCGACGAGGAGGCAGAAGCUGCGAACAAGAACCCGCAACUUAAGUUACUCUUCCGGCUUUGCAGUUUCAAGAUCAUGGACGAAGAUGCGGACGAACUGGAAUGGUAUAUCCCCUCCGUCGUGCUCCCCACAGACAUGCAGCGCACUGUGAACGUGAUCACCCAAUUCCUGGAAACGCCCCUCGACUUGCAGGGCAAGUCACCUGCAGAGCUCCUCGCCCGCAAACGCCGGCGCCGCACGCGUCGGAAACGCACGCCCACCCCCGACCCGGACGACUCGGACGCGCCGCGGCGCAAGAAGAAGGAGCGGAAGAAGAAAGAGGCGCAGCAGUAUAAGUCCGCGCAGUUCAUCGAGGACAGCGACGCCGAGUACGGGGAUAUGGACGCGUUCCUCGAGCGCGAGAAGGCGCUGCGCGAGAAGACCGCGCAGCUCGCGGCGGCGACAGGCCAGUCCGGCACGAUGCGCGCGCACGGCAUGCGCAAGCGGCGGAGAAAGGGCAAGGACCGCGCGGGGAAGAAGCGGCGCAAGCGCGCGGGGCAGGAAGGUGUGGCGGGCGACGCGGACGAGGCGGAGAAGGCGCGGGAGAGCAGCGCGUCGUCCGACGAGAGCGAAGUCGACGUAUUCGGGAGCCCCAAGCGGGCGCGGUCGGAAUCUUCGCCGGACACUUCGCCACCGAUGGGAGACGGUGAGGAGCAGCCGAAGAGCAAACCGCGUCCCCGGCCACGCGCCCGAGCGAAAGCCGCGAAGAGCUCCGUGGUGGACGCCACGGAGGUGCAGCCUUCAGCAGCAUCGCCUCUUCCUGCGAGCAAGGCCGAUGAUAUGGAUGCGGCCGAGAGUGCGCGGACGCCUUCUCCGGUGCAAUCAGACGACGACCUCCCGACGGCCGCGAUGAUGAAAGGGAAGCGGAAAGCUCGUAUGGUCAUCGCAGAUGAAGACGAAGACGAGUAGCUUGCAAGUAUCCGAACCACUCCGCACCCCGCGGGCAUUUUCUUGUAUUGUUGUGUAAGACGUUAAUGGUAGAACAACGUAGCCAGCUGGGUAUGACAUCAC